GCGAGUAGCAGCAAAGAAAAUGGAACAAUAUGUCGCUUUCCUGGCAUGGACGUGUAGCAAUGAUCAACCAAGCACUAGAGAAUCGGCGUUCCAUCGAGGAUUUCUGUAUGCACCAAGAGGUGGAGGUUUUCCAAAUCAAAGAGGAAGAGGUCUACUGAUUGCAGGGCAAAGAGGUAGAGGAGAUCUUCAAAGAUGGCGUGGAGGAGGACGCAGAGGAGGACGGGGUCAGAUAAGUAACCAAGGUCAGAGAGGUGCUCAAGGAGGAAGGCCGGGAGGUGACAAAAGAGGACAAAGAAGGGGGCAUGGAGGGCAAAGAGAUGGCCAAGGAUACAUUCUACAAAACUAA